GCUGGGAAGCAGAGCUGCCUCACCCCCGGCCCCGGGAAGGGCAUGACCCCGGCAGACUCCCGGCAGUGACUCGCGCGCCCCAGCUCGGUGGAUGCUCUUGGCGCACCGCUCCCGUGUGCGGCGGCUUCCCAAGGACAGGUAUCCGAGAAUCAGGCACCCCGACAAGAUGCCCAAGCGCGCGCACUGGGGGGCCCUCUCCGUGGUGCUGAUCCUGCUUUGGGGCCAUCCGCGAAUGGCGCUGGCCUGCCCGCAUCCUUGUGCCUGCUACGUCCCCAGCGAGGUCCACUGCACGUUCCGAUCCCUGGCUUCCGUGCCCGCUGGCAUUGCUAAACACGUGGAAAGAAUCAAUUUGGGGUUUAAUAGCAUACAGGCCCUGUCAGAAACUUCAUUUGCAGGACUGACCAAGUUGGAGUUACUUAUGAUUCAUGGCAAUGAGAUCCCAAGCAUCCCCGACGGAGCUUUAAGAGACCUCAGCUCUCUUCAGGUUUUCAAGUUCAGCUACAACAAGCUGAGAGUGAUCACAGGACAGACCCUCCAGGGUCUCUCUAACUUAAUGAGGCUACACAUUGACCACAACAAGAUUGAGUUUAUCCACCCACAGGCUUUCAACGGCUUAACGUCCCUGAGGCUACUCCAUUUGGAAGGAAAUCUGCUCCACCAGCUGCACCCCAGCACCUUCUCCACGUUCACCUUUCUGGAUUAUUUCAGACUCUCCACCAUAAGGCACCUCUACUUAGCGGAGAACAUGAUUAGAACUCUUCCUGCCAGUAUGCUUCAGAACAUGCCGCUUCUGGAGAAUCUUUACUUGCAGGGAAAUCCGUGGACCUGUGAUUGUGAGAUGAGAUGGUUUUUGGAAUGGGAUGCAAAAUCCAGAGGAAUUCUGAAGUGUAAAAAGGACAAAGCUUAUGAAGGUGGUCAGUUGUGUGCAAUGUGCUUCAGUCCAAAGAAGUUGUACAAGCAUGAGAUUCACAAGCUGAAGGACAUGACUUGUCUGAAGCCUUCCAUAGAGUCUCCUCUGAGACAGAACAGGAGCAGCAGUAUUGAGGAGGAGCAAGAACAAGAAGGGGAUGGUGACAGCCAGCUCAUCAUGGAGAAAUUCCAACUCUCCCAGUGGAACGUCUCUUUGAACAUGACUGACGAGCACGGGAACAUGGUGAACUUGGUCUGUGACAUCAAGAAACCAAUGGGUGUGUACAAAAUUCACUUGAACCAAACGGAUCCUCCAGAUAUUGACAUAAAUGCAACAGUUGCCUUGGACUUUGAGUGUCCGAUGACCCGGGAAAACUAUGAAAAGCUAUGGAAAUUGAUAGCAUACUAUAGUGAAGUUCCCGUGAAGCUACACAGAGAGCUCAUGCUCAGCAAAGACCCCAGAGUCAGCUACCAGUACAGGCAGGAUGCUGAUGAGGAAGCUCUUUACUACACAGGCGUGAGAGCCCAGAUUCUUGCAGAACCAGAAUGGGUCAUGCAGCCAUCCAUAGAUAUCCAGCUGAACCGACGUCAGAGUACGGCCAAGAAGGUGCUACUUUCCUACUACACCCAGUAUUCUCAAACAAUAUCUACCAAAGAUACAAGGCAGGCUCGGGGCAGAAGCUGGGUAAUGAUUGAGCCUAGUGGAGCUGUGCAAAGAGAUCAGACUGUCCUGGAAGGGGGUCCAUGCCAGUUGAGCUGCAAUGUGAAAGCUUCUGAGAGUCCGUCUAUCUUCUGGGUGCUUCCAGAUGGCUCCAUCCUGAAAGCGCCCAUGAAUGAUCCAGACAGCAAGUUCUCCAUUCUCAGCAGUGGCUGGCUAAGGAUCAAGUCCAUGGAGCCAUCUGACUCGGGCUUGUACCAGUGCAUUGCUCAAGUGAGGGAUGAAAUGGACCGCAUAGUAUAUAGGGUACUUGUGCAGUCUCCCUCCACUCAGCCAGCCGAGAAAGACACAGUGACAAUUGGCAAGAACCCAGGAGAGCCGGUGACAUUGCCUUGCAAUGCUUUAGCAAUACCCGAAGCCCACCUUAGCUGGAUUCUUCCAAACAGAAGGAUAAUUAAUGAUUUGACUAACACAUCACAUGUAUACAUGCUGCCAAAUGGAACUCUUUCCAUCCCAAAGGUCCAAGUCAGCGAUAGUGGUUACUACAGAUGUGUGGCUGUCAACCAGCAAGGGGCAGACCAUUUUACCGUGGGAAUCACAGUGACCAAGAAAGGGUCUGGCUCGCCAUCCAAAAGAGGCCAACGCCCAGGUGCAAAGGCUCUUUCCAGAGUGAGAGAAGACAUCGUGGAGGAUGAAGGGGGCUCAGGCAUGGGAGAUGAAGAGAACACUUCAAGGAGACUUCUGCAUCCAAAGGACCAAGAGGUGUUCCUCAAAACAAAGGAUGAUGCCAUCAAUGGAGACAAGAAAGCCAAGAAAGGGAGAAGAAAGCUGAAACUCUGGAAGCAUUCGGAAAAAGAACCAGAGACCAAUGUUGCAGAAGGUCGCAGAGUGUUUGAAUCUAGACGAAGGAUAAACAUGGCAAACAAACAGAUUAAUCCAGAGCGCUGGGCUGACAUUUUAGCCAAAGUCCGUGGGAAAAAUCUCCCUAAGGGCACAGAAGUACCCCCAGUGAUUAAAACCACAAGUCUUCCAUCCUUGAGUCUAGAAAUCACACCACCUUUGCCUGCUGUUUCUCCCCUGUCAGCAUCUCCUGUGCAGACAGCAGCCAGUGCUGAAGAAUCCUCAGCAGAUGUACCUCUACUUGGUGAAGAAAAGCACGUUUUGAGUACCAUUUCCUCAGCCAGCAUGGGACUGGAGCACAACCACAAUGGAGUUAUUCUUGUUGAACCUGAAGCAACAAGCACACCUCUUGAAGAAGUUGUUUAUGAGUUUUCCGAGAAGACUGAGGAGAUAACUUCCACUGAAGGCGACCUGAAGUGGACUGCAGCCCCUACACUUAUAUCUGAGCCUUAUGAACCAUCUCCUGCUCUGCACACCUUAGACACAGUCUAUGAAGAGCCCACCCAUGAAGAGACAGCAACACAGGGUUGGUCUGCAGCAGAUGUUGGAUCCUCACCAGAGCCCACAUCCAGUGAGUAUGAGCCUCCAUUGGAUGCUGUCUCUUUGGCUGAGUCUGAGCCUAUGCAAUACUUUGACCCAGAUUUGGAGACUAAUUCACAAACACAUGAGGAUAACAUGAAAGAAUACACCUUUGCACACAUUACUCCAAUCCCCACCACCUGGGUUAAUGACUCUAGUACAUCAAAGUCAUUUGAGGAUUCUACUAUAGGUGAACGAGGUGUCCCAGGCAAAUCACAUUUACAAGGACCGACAGAGAACAUGCAGCUUGUGAAAAGUAGUUUAAGCACUCAAGACACCUUACUGAUUAAAACAGGUAUGAAAGAGAAGUCUCAGACACUACAGGGAGGAGAUAUGCUAGCGGGAGACCCCACACACUCCAGAAGUUCUGAGAGUGAGGGCCAAGAGAGCAAAUCCAUCACUUUGCCUGACUCCACACUGGGUAUAAUGAGCAGUGUGUCUCCAGUUAAGAAGCCUGCAGAAACCACAGUUGGCACCCUGCUAGACAAAGACACCACAACAGCAACAACAACUCCAAGGCAAAAAGUUGCUUCGUCAUCCACCAUGACCACUCACCCUUCUCGAAGGAGACCCAAUGGGAGAAAGAGAUUACGCCCCCACAAAUUCCGCCACCGACACAAGCAAACCCCACCCACAACUUUUGCCCCAUCAGAGACUUUUUCUACUCAACCAACUCAAGCACUUGAAAUUAAGAUUUCAAAUCAAGUGGAGAGUUCUCCGGUUCCUAUAGCUUGGGUGGAUAACACAGUUAAUACCCCCAAACAGUUGGAAAUGAAGAAGAAUGCAGAACCCAUAUCCAAGGGAACACCACGGAGAAAACACGGGAAGAGGCCAAACAAACAUCAAUAUACCCCUUCUACAGUGAGCUCAAGAGCGUCUGGAUCCAAGCCCAGCCCUUCUCCAGAAAAUAAACAUAGAAACAUUGUUACUCCCAGUUCAGAAACUAUACUUUUGCCUACAACUGUUUCUCUGAAAACUGAGGGCCCUUAUGAUUCCUUCGAUUACAUGACAACCACCAGAAAAAUAUAUUCAUCUUACCAUAAAGUCCAAGAGACACUUCCAGUCACAUAUAAACCCACAUCAGAUGGAAAAGAAAUUAAGGAUGAUGAUGCCACAAAUGUCGACAAACAUAAAAGUGACACUUUAGUCACUGGUGAGUCAAUUACUAAUGUCAUACCAACUUCUCGCUCCUUGGUCUCCACUACGGGGGAAUUUAAGGAAGAAUCCUCUCCUGUAGGCUUUCCAGGAACUCCAACCUGGAAUCCCUCAAGGACAGCCCAGCCUGGGAGGCUACAGACAGACAUACCUGUUACCACUUCUGGGGAAAACCUUACAGACCCUCCCCUUCUUAAAGAGCUCGAGGAUGUGGAUUUUACUUCUGAGUUUUCAUCCUCUGUGACAGUCUCCACACCAUUUCAACAGGAAGAAGUUGGUUCUUCCACAACUCUCUCAGGCAUAAAAGUGCAGGUGUCUUCAAGUCAGGCAGAAACCACCAGUCUUGAUCAAGAUCAUCAUGAAACCACUGUAGCUAUUCUCCUUUCUGAAACUAGACCACAGAAUCACACCCCUACUGCCGCCCAGAUGAAGGAGCUAGCAUCCUUGUCCCCACCCACGAUUCUCAUGUCUUUGGGAGAAACCACCACCACUAAGCCAGCACUUCUCAGUCCAAGAACAUCUCAAACAUCUAGAGAUUCCAAGGAAAAUGUUUUCUUGAAUUAUGUGGGAAAUCCAGAAACCGAAGCAGCCCCAGUGAACAAUGAAGGGACACAGCAUAUGUCAGGGCCAAAUGAAUUAUCAACACCCUCUUCCGACCAGGAUGCAUUUAACUUGUCUAUAAAGCUGGAAUUGGAGAAGCAAGUAUUUGAUAAUAGGAGUCUACCACAUGGCCCAGAUGGCCACCACCAGGAUGGAAGGGUUCAUGCUUCUCAUCAACUAGCCAGAGUCCCUGCCAAACCCAUCCUACCAACGGGAACAGUGAGGCUGCCUGAAAUGUCCACACAAAGUGCUUCCAGAUACUUUGUAACUUUCCAGCCACCUCAUCACUGGACCAACAAACCAGAAAUAACUACAUAUCCUUCUAGGUCUUUACCAGAGAACAAGCAGUUUACAACUCCAAGAUUAUCAAGUACAACAACUCCUCUCCCAUUGCACAUGUCCAAACCCAGCAUUCCUAGUAAGUUUGCCGACCGAAGAACUGACCAAUUCAGUGGCUACUCCAAAGUGUUGGGAAAUAACAACAUCCCUGAGGCAAGAAACCCAGUUGGAAAGCCUCCCAGUCCAAGAAUUCCUCAUUAUUCCAAUGGAAGAUUCCCUUUCUUUACCAACAGGACUCUUUCUUUUCCACAGCUGGGAGUCACCCUGAGACCCCAGAUACCCACUUCUCCUGCCCCAGUAAUGAGAGAGAGAAAAGUUAAUCCAGGUUCCUACAACAGGAUACCUUCCCAUAGUACCUUCCAUCUGGACUUUGGCCCUCCAGCACCUCCGUUGUUGCACACUCCGCGGACCACAGGGUCACCCUCAACUAACUUACAGAAUAUCCCCCUGGUCUCAUCCACCCAGAGUUCUGUCUCCUUUAUAACAUCUUCUGUCCAGUCCUCAGGAAGCUUCCACCAGAGCAGCUCAAAGUUCUUUGCAGGAGGACCGCCUGCAUCCAAAUUCUGGUCUCUUGGGGAAAAGCCCCAGAUCCUCACCAAGUCCCCACAGACUGUGUCCGUCACUGCCGAGACAGACGCCGUGUUCCCCUGUGAGGCAACAGGAAAACCAAAGCCUUUCGUUACUUGGACAAAGGUUUCCACAGGAGCUCUUAUGACUCCGAAUACCAGGAUACAACGGUUUGAGGUUCUCAAGAACGGUACCUUAGUGAUACGGCAGGUCCAAGUGCAAGAUCGAGGCCAGUAUAUGUGCACCGCCAGCAACCUGCACGGCCUGGACCGGAUGGUGGUGUUGCUCUCGGUCACCGUGCAGCAACCUCAAAUCCUAGCCUCCCACUACCAGGACGUCACCGUCUACCUGGGAGACACCAUUGCAAUGGAGUGUCUGGCCAAAGGGACCCCAGCCCCCCAAAUUUCCUGGAUCUUCCCCGACAGGAGGGUGUGGCAAACUGUGUCCCCCGUGGAGGGCCGCAUCACCCUGCAUGAAAACCGAACCCUUUCCAUCAAGGAGGCGUCCUUCUCAGACAGAGGCGUCUAUAAGUGCGUGGCCAGCAAUGCAGCCGGGGCGGACAGCCUGGCCAUCCGCCUGCACGUGGCGGCACUGCCCCCGGUUAUCCACCAGGAGAAGCUGGAGAACAUCUCGCUGCCCCCUGGGCUCAGCAUUCACAUUCACUGCACUGCCAAGGCCGCGCCCCUGCCCAGCGUGCGCUGGGUGCUCGGGGACGGUACCCAGAUCCGCCCCUCGCAGUUCCUCCACGGGAACUUGUUCGUUUUCCCCAACGGGACGCUCUACAUCCGCAACCUCGCGCCCAAGGACAGCGGGCGCUAUGAGUGCGUGGCCGCCAACCUGGUGGGCUCUGCGCGCAGGACGGUGCAGCUGAACGUGCAGCGUGCAGCAGCCAACGCGCGCAUCACGGGCACCUCCCCGCGGAGGACGGACGUCAGGUACGGAGGGACCCUCAAGCUGGACUGCAGCGCCUCGGGGGACCCCUGGCCGCGCAUCCUUUGGAGGCUGCCCUCCAAGAGGAUGAUCGACGUGCUCUUCAGUUUUGAUAGCAGAAUCAAGGUGUUUGCCAAUGGGACCCUGGUGGUAAAAUCAGUGACGGACAAAGACGCAGGAGAUUACCUGUGCGUAGCUCGAAAUAAGGUUGGUGACGACUAUGUGGUGCUCAAGGUGAAUGUGGUGAUGAAACCAGCCAAGAUUGAGCACAAGGAGGAGAACGACCACAAAGUCUUCUAUGGGGGUGACCUGAAAGUGGACUGUGUGGCCACCGGGCUUCCCAAUCCUGAGAUCUCCUGGAGCCUCCCGGAUGGGAGUCUGGUGAACUCCUUCAUGCAGUCAGAUGACAGCGGUGGACGCACCAAGCGCUAUGUCGUCUUCAACAAUGGGACGCUCUACUUUAACGAAGUGGGGAUGAGGGAGGAAGGAGACUACACCUGCUUUGCCGAAAAUCAGGUAGGGAAGGACGAGAUGAGAGUCAGAGUCAAGGUGGUGACAGCGCCCGCCACCAUCUGGAACAAGACUUACUUGGCAGUUCAGGUGCCCUAUGGAGACGUGGCCACUGUAGCCUGUGAGGCCAAAGGAGAACCCACGCCCAAGGUGACUUGGUUGUCCCCAACCAACCGGGUGAUCCCUACCUCCUCUGAGAAGUAUCAGAUAUACCAAGAUGGCACUCUCCUUAUUCAGAAAGCCCAGCGCUCUGACAGCGGCAACUACACCUGCCUGGUCAGGAACAGCGCCGGAGAGGAUAGGAAGACGGUGUGGAUUCACGUCAAUGUCCAGCCACCCAAGAUCAAUGGUAGCCCCAACCCCAUCACCACUGUGCGGGAGAUCGCAGCCGGGGGCAGUCGGAAACUGAUUGACUGCAGAGCGGAAGGCAUCCCCACCCCCAGGGUGUUAUGGGCUUUUCCCGAGGGUGUGGUUCUGCCAGCUCCGUACUAUGGAAACCGGGUCACUGUCCAUGGCAACGGUUCCCUAGACAUCAGGAGUCUGAGGAAGAGCGACUCCGUCCAGCUAGUAUGCAUGGCGCGCAACGAGGGAGGGGAGGCCAGGUUGAUCGUGCAGCUCACUGUCCUGGAGCCCAUGGAGAAACCCAUCUUCCACGACCCGAUCAGCGAGAAGAUCACGGCCAUGGCGGGCCACACCAUCAGCCUCAACUGCUCUGCCGCGGGGAGCCCGACACCCAGCCUGGUGUGGGUCCUUCCCAAUGGCACCGAUCUGCAGAGUGGACAGCAGCUGCAGCGCUUCUACCACAAGGCUGAUGGCAUGCUCCACAUCAGCGGUCUCUCCUCGGUGGAUGCCGGGGCCUACCGCUGCGUGGCCCGCAACGCCGCUGGCCACACGGAGAGGCUGGUCUCCCUGAAGGUGGGGCUGAAACCAGAAGCAAACAAGCAGUAUCAUAACCUGGUCAGCAUCAUCAACGGUGAGACCCUGAAGCUCCCCUGCACCCCUCCCGGGGCCGGGCAGGGACGUUUCUCCUGGACGCUUCCCAACGGCAUGCGUCUGGAGGGCCCCCAAGCCCUGGGACGCAUUUCCCUUCUGGACAAUGGCACCCUAGCGGUUCGUGAGGCCUCCGUGUUUGACAGGGGUACCUAUGUAUGCAGGAUGGAGACGGAGGACGGCCCUUCGGUCACCAGCAUCCCCGUGAUUGUGAUCGCCUAUCCUCCCCGGAUCACCAGCGAGCCCACCCCUGUCAUCUACACCCGGCCCGGGAACACCGUGAAACUGAACUGCAUGGCUAUGGGGAUUCCCAAAGCUGACAUCACGUGGGAGUUGCCGGAUAAGUCGCAUCUGAAGGCAGGGGUUCAGGCUCGUCUGUAUGGAAACAGAUUUCUUCACCCCCAGGGAUCAUUGACCAUCCAGCAUGCCACACAGAGAGACGCCGGCUUCUACAAGUGCAUGGCAAAAAACAUUCUCGGCAGUGACUCCAAAACAACUUACAUCCAUGUCUUCUGAAAUGUGGAUUCCAGCAUGAUUGCUUAGGAACUGACAGCAAAGCGCGGUUUGUAUGGGAAGUCAGGCUGGGGAAUCGGAGCUCUUAAAUAAUGUGUCAUAGUGCAUGGUGGCUCCCCAUGGGUUUCAAGUUGAGGUUGAACUUGAUCUACGACCGUUGGGAAAAGGAAGCAAUACAGACACGAGAAGGAGGGCUCAGCCUCGCUGGGAACUUUCUUUUGUGUUUACAUCAUUCCAGAGGCUUCAUUCGGGGUAUCUGUGCUCUGACUGCAAUUUUUCUUUUUUUUGCAAAUGCCACUCAACUGCCUUCAUAAGCGUCCAUAGGAUAUCUGAAGAACAUUCACCAAAAAUAAACCAUAGACACGAAUAACCCCCCACUACCCUAUUAAAGACGCAUCACCUAGUUAACCUGCUGCAGUUUUUACAUGAUAGACUUUGCUCCAGAUUGACAAGUCAUCUUUCAGUUAUUUCCUCUGUCACUUCAAAACUCCAGCUUGCCCGAUAAGGAUUUAGAACCAGAGUGAUUGAUAUAUAUAUAUAUAUAUUUUUAAUUCAAAGUUACAUACAUACAGCUACCAUUUUAUAUGAAAAAAACUUAUUUCUUCCUGGAACUCACCUUUUAUAUAAUGUUUUAUAUAUAUAUAUUUUUUUUUCCUCUCAAAUCAGACGAUGAGACUAGAAGGAGAAAUACUUUCUGUCUCAUUAAAAUUAAUAAAUUAUUGGUCUUUACAAGACUUGGAUACAUUACAGCAGACAUGGAAAUAUAAUUUUAAAAAAUUCCUCUCCAACUUCCUUCAAAUUCAGUAACCACUGUUAUAUUACCUUCUCCAGGAACCCUGCAGUGGGGAAGGCUGCAAUAUUAGAUUUCCUUAUAUGCAAAAUUUUUGUUGAAAGCUGUGCUCAGAAGAGGUGAGAGGAAAGGAAGGAGAAAACUGCAUCAUUGCUUUACAGAAUUGAAUCUAGAGUCUUCUCCUAAAAGUCCAGAAACUUCUCUGCAGUAUCUGUGCUGUCCGUCCAGUCUAAGGUGGCUGCUUCUUCCCCAGCCAUGAGUCAGUCUGUGCCCAUGAAUAAUACAAGACUUGUUAUUUCCGUGACUGGUGUACUGUAUUUUUAAGGUCAAUAUACUGUACAUUUGAUAAUAAAAUAAUAUUCUCCCAAAAA